UCGCCUUGCGGGCACCAGUCAGAGAUCUCCGCCUCAGUCAUCUUGGGCUACAGCUCAGAGCCCGGAUGCGCCGCCAUGCCGACUCUAUCAGCGAGUGGAAUAAUUUAUUCACCAACCUGCCUGACACUGAGCGACUAGGAGUUGACUGAAGAAGUCGACAAGACAGUUCAGAGGACAGAGGAGCCUUAGCCCCGGACAGAGCGGCACGGUAUACCCGCGCUGUGUUUUCCUUGGUGUUUGUGCUGCUUGCCAUCGUUGUAUUCAUGUAGGGACACUUGUGUGCUAGCUACGCUAACGUUAGCUCGAGUCGAGGGAGUGCGGGGUAGUGACAGUCCGGCCGGAGGCGGGGAGAACUGCGAGAUCUAGUAAAAUUCCCAUGUCUGCAUCAGCUCUGGAAACCAAAAGAGAUGUCUGUUGAUGAGGAUACUGUAAAAACUGGCAGUCCACAGGCCAGCACAACUUCAUCUCUGCAGCUCUCAGACUGUACUGGGAGUUACAGUAAUGUGUCUGUAAUGAUGGAGGGUACUGCAGCCACCCCUGACUUUGCAGCUGCAUGCCCUGUCCCGGGCACCGCAGCCUCACCUAAACACACCAGCACGACUGACACGCUCACCCACUCAGACGCUGCUGGACAGAGAGUCAGAGGGAACGAAAAUAACAUCAAUCGCAGGAACAGCUUUCAUCAUUCCAAACAACAGCAACAAACAAAACUGACAAAACGACGCAACACGGCAAAUGCUAGUUUCAAGCAUCCGACAUCUGGCAAGAGGAGACGAAGGGCUAACUCCGAGAGCGACUCCGUCCUGCCAACCAACUUCCUUCUGGGUGGGAACAUUUUCGAUCCACUGAAUCUCAACAGCUUGCUGGACGAGGAGGUCAACAGGGCGCUGAAUGCUGAGACGCCCAAAUCCUCCCCACUGCCAGCGAAGAGUCGAGACCCUGUGGAGAUCCUCAUCCCCAGAGACAUCACAGAUCCACUGAACCUGAACAGCGGGAUAGCCGACAGCAGCUUUUUGGUGUCCCCCUACAAGAGUGGUGGCAGGAAGAGACACCGCAACAGACAUCAUGGAGGAGGGGGGGGAGGAAGUAGUGGAGGUGGCGGUGGGAUUUCAACCGCACAGAUUAAUCUCUCAGAAUCAGGAAAAAGUGACAUUAAAACUGGCAUCUCCACACCGCUUCCAGGUAUGUUAGCCUCAUGUUCUGCACUAGAUGUCUCCAAAGAGUCCAGUAGUUUCUCCAGUGUCACUGGAGACUCCCAUGAGCACUCGACUGACAACUCAGCUAGCUGCAAGGAGGAGACAGCAUCUAUAUCUAUGGAGGACUCCACUUCUUCCAUAUUGGGAGGACCAAACCAGCACACAAGCAGACGCAAGCGUAGGCGCAACUCUGGCAAAAUGGAGCCCCCCGUGACCCACUCUACCCCCGUUGGAAAGUCAGGGUUUGGAGACAGGAGUUGUGGUACAGGGGGACAGAGAAAUUCUCAGUCAUUCCACACUCCAAGAAGUGGUCCUAAAACAGGCCCGGGAGGCCGCCAGAACCAGCAGACCCACAACCAGGCGAAGGAGCAACAGAAGAAGUUCCAGUAUGGGAACUACAACAAGUAUUAUGGCUACCGCAACCCAGGGGCCAGUGAAGACCCACGGGUGCGUUUGCUGCGUCCUGAGUGGUUUGAAGGUAAAGAUGUAUUGGAUUUGGGAUGCAACUCAGGCCACCUAACACUUUACAUUGCCAAAAUGCUAAGACCUGCCCGCAUAUUGGGUCUGGAUAUUGACAGUGGUUUGGUACAUGCAGCCCGAAAGAACAUCCGACAUUAUCUGUCUGAGCUGCAGACUCAAGAGGCCAGGCGUGCAAUGCAGGAGAAAAAGAGCACUAAACAGGAGGAGAGGAAUGGAAAUGGGAGUCACACAGGCACAGAAAAGAAGCACAAAGAAGCUGAGAGCAGGGAUGAAAAUGGGAGACCAGUGAAAGGAGAAAGUGGCCCUGCAGUGGCUGCAAAUGACACUGACUCCUGUCACACAGAUGAGGCAGGGACCCAGAGGCAGGACAGCAAAACAGAGGAAAUGGAGCAGGAAGAUUGUGAUUCACCCCCUGCUGAUCACUCUGUGAGCUGCUCUUUUCCAAUGUCCUUACGGAUCUCUAGGGGGCCCAUUGCUGCACCCCCACUAACAGAAACACCCGCCACACGGCCCGGGGAGUUCCCCUCAAAUGUGUCCUUCAUCAAGGCCAAUUAUGUACUGGAGAAUGAUAAUCUGCUCCUGACUCAGCGGCCAGAGUACGAUGUGAUCCUGUGCCUGAGUGUUACCAAAUGGGUUCACCUCAAUUGGGGAGAUGGCGGCCUGAAGCGGCUCUUCAAGAGAGUCUACAGGCAUCUCCGUGCUGGAGGCAUGUUCAUCCUGGAGCCACAGCCUUGGGAGUCCUACGUGAGGAGGAGGAAACUGACUGAUAAUAUUAGCAGGAAUUAUCACAGCAUCCGCCUCAAACCUGACCAGUUUUCAUCAUACCUUACAACUGAGGUGGGCUUCACCAGUUUCGAGUACCUUGGGGCACCCAAAUGUUCUAUAAGAGGUUUUCAGAGGCCAAUCUACUUAUUUCACAAAUGACCGCUCCUGCCUUGAAGAUCAUUGAAUGUGAGUAGCCUAAACCACCACCAUACAUACAAGCCAGCCAGCUGCCCUGGACUGCAAGGGAUCAUCAUGAAUCCUUAACAGUUACUCCAGCUUCUCAGAUGCUGACGAUGAAAUUCAGAGAGGAGAAAUGGGACCAAAGGUGGAAUCAGUUUUGUAAAGACGAGAACUGUUGAGAAGAAGGCACCUAUUGGAAUUUUCUGUGACUAUAUAUUCUUUAAAAGGAGUAUGGCGUGAACUUGGAUCGGAGUCUACAGUGUACUGGAGCCAAACAUCAUAGUUUGGCCAGACUGUGGAAGAUGUGCUCAUCUGAUGAGUUCCUUGGACUGUCUCAGUGCUAAUGAUGCCCCAGUUUGAUGCACAGCCAUGACAUGUGUUUGAAUACCUUUGGCCAUAUAUCUUUACUUUCAUAACUUUGUUCUGUGCCGCCACAUCAUCAUACAUUACACAUAGUAGGGUUGGGGGAUAUGGCAGACUUUUCCAAUUGGCCACCAUUACUUUAACUGGCAAUAGCUGGUGUAUUUACUAAAUUAGCUCACUGCAUAACUGCAGGAUAGCACUGGAUUACAAAGCCAUUAAACAGAUCUUACACUGACAUGAUGACUCUUUUAAAGCCACACUGCAGUGCAGGUGAAGGAUACCGUGCAGGCUGUUGGUAAACGAAACCUCACAUUGCCAGCUCCAUUGCAACUACUGAUGGCAUAGACAAUGUUCUCUUGGUUUCAGAAUUAUUUGCAUUAUGUUUGAAGCCUUGAAUCCUGUUGCAGUGGACAUAUAAAUGCAUAUAUUUGGGUGAUUUUUAAAACAGCCAAAGUCCAUCAGUCAUAGAGUCAUUGUAUCACUAAUAGAUGAUGUGUUUGUCCUGUCUCCCAACCCUAGUAUGUAGUUUGCUUUGUCAUUAUUUUGCAAAAUGGGCCUAAGAGCUGAAUGAACUUUAAAAUCUGUUACAGAGCUGUCAAAAUGUAUCCCCACAUUUUGAAAUGGACAAAACCAAAUGCUUCUAAAUUGCACAAGCUUGAAGACCUGUGAAAAGUGGUUUGUCUGACUGAUAAAGUUAACGAUGCACAACAAGAAAGGUGCACUCAGAACAGCCAAAACAUCCUGUGAAAUGCUGAAUGUCAACCCAGUCCAUGUUGUCAAAGUGUUGUCUUUUUUCCCUUUCUCAGCAUCAAAUAUUAGAUUUUAUAAUUUCACAUAGAGACAGCAUAUAGUUCCACAAGGCCUUCUAUUACCUGGAAGAAGAAUACAUCUAAAAUAUUAAAUCCCCAAGUGCAGGUUGAAAAAUCAGAUGUCCACUUUUACAGUAAAAAAAAAAAAUUAGGCUGUUUUGACUGCAAACUUUUACCAUUUCAGAAACCGUUCACUUCAUGGGUUCCUCAAGCCUUUUUUUCCCGAUGCUCCAUCCUAAUGGUAGGGGGCACAUUUGAGCUGUGAUGAGACACAGGUGUUGGGGUCAGCUCAAGAUAAUUCAGCACAGAGAACACAAGGACUAUUUUGCAAAGUAGAUCUGUAGCAUGCAGUGAUUUAUUUCUUUUCUUAAUGACAGUUAAGCCAUAGCUCUACCUUUAUGUGUUGUUUACAGUGUCCUUCAUGAGGUGCUGACUGAGAAUAUAAUUGAGUAAAACUGAAAGCAGAGGCCUAUGAUGCUGCAGCGCCUUCAAUGCUGUGUAACUCUGGCACAUUUGCGUGAUCUGAUCAUCACGACUGGACAGGCAUUAAUUCAAACAGCAUGAGAAUCACUUCAAGUACUCUGGUGCUUUUGUAGCUCCUGAGUUACAAUCAACGUCUGUGUGAGCAAAAAUUUACAUUUCUAGAAAAUCAAUUGUUACUAAAAGGACUGGAUUAUAUCCAUAUGACUUUUUAUCAAAUUUGAAUAUUAAUAUGCUGUUUGUAUUGAAGCGCUGCCAAAAUAUUUUAUGGGUCUUUUGCUCUUGAAUUUGACAAAAUAUACCAUCGUCAUCUUAGUCUUUGGCCUAAUGAGGACAGCUAUGAGUUACAGGUAGUCAGUCUUUGUGAUUGUAUCUUUUAUUGGUGUGCACUGAGCGCCACUCAUCUAUGACCUGGGACAGAAAAUGUUCCUUUUUUUUGUGACAGCAUUUGGCACUCAAGGGUAUGAGAUGAUGGAUAACGUAUGUUUCUGUUUUAGUACGUGAUCAAUGUAAAUAAGUUUGCAACUUUUGUUUUACUGUUGUCAAUAUUAAGUUCAUAACUGCUUUUGUCAUUUUCCAGUGGAUUUGUUUUUGUCUUGUUUCUCAAAUGUUUGCUGCCAAUUUGCGAGCACGUCACAGGUCAGAGUGUUCGUCCUAAAACAGAUAGCUAAUUCAGCUCUGUAACAACAAAUGAAUAUGUACAUUGCAAAGCUCUGAUGUGUUUGCUUUGUUCUGUCCUGGCAGGCACAUGGAUUGUUAGAUUAGCUCUUUAUUUUUUUUUAUAAACUGUUUGAAAGGAGUGUUUGUGUUAGCGCACUCUCAUUUCACUUCAUUUGACAUGUUGUAGACAUUUUAAAAUUCUUUAAAACUGAGAACAAUUUGCAUACUUUUUCCACCAGACUUUUUAUAACACAUCAUGAAACAUUGAUUAACCUGCAAAAUGAAGCUUCAGGUAACAUUUUGAAUUGAAAGUGAAUUGGCCUCAGCCUCACUUGGUCCAACAGACACAGGGCACCAAACCUAUCUCCUAAGCUAAGACAAUCGGACUCUCAGGCUUAGAUCAGCCCACUGCUGUAAUUUCAAGGGCAUUUUUGCUUUUUGCAUUAUUAACAAGGGUUUUCUGUUUUUGCAGGUCACAUAAUAAGCAUUUUAUUUGAAAAAAAAAGAACUGUUUAAAGCUAAUUUGUGUUUUGCCACCAUUGUUAAAGAUUGCACCUUACUGUCUCAGCAGCCGUAUAUCUUACAGAGUUUAACCCAAUAGGCCUGACUUGUAAGUCCAGGUAUUCGAGCUAAAGCAUGUCUUUACUGGAGAUGUGAAAUUACAUGUUGUCAUAUACAGUGCUGUAUACACUUUUGAUACUUCCCUUGAGGUUCUGCACAAAGUUGUGCUAAGUCUUAAAUGAAAUUAAAUUCCACAAGAAAUAGGGUGUAAGAAAUGUAACACCCCAUGUAUCAACAGGGUGCAAUGCCAGUGAGAAAUAGUACUAUUUUAAAACCUAUGAUGGUCAGAUCUCAUAUUCAGGUUAUAGUUUACAGUACAAUUUUGUGCAAUAUUUGCUCUUUGAAAUAGCAACUCUGUCCUUUUAGCAGAAUUGAAUUCAUCUUAAGUCAAGUGUAGGAUGGACUAAAGUUAAGAAAAGGUGUAUAGUUUUGAAUGUGAAAGGGUCCAGCUUUUCAUGUUGCAAAGAAAAUAAGGGGUAAAUAUGACAAGAGAAAUUGUGAUGAAAGCACAUCAAAUUAUAUUUUUAAUUAUUUUUUAAUUUAUUGUUAUGUAUUAACAUGUAUUGUAUUUGCAACUUGAAGACUGGAACCCAUUCCAAGAAAUAAUUUAAUGAAUUACAGCAUUUGGUUACCUGUUUGAGAGCUGUUUUCUUAGAGCUGCUGUGAGUUUUGUAUAUGCAGGUAAUUUAGUAAUCCCGCUUCAACAGACCUGUGAAUACCACAGUGAGUAAACCUCACAUUCAACACUAUGCUUACAUUUUCAAAAUUUUAACUCAUCCUGUACCCUAAAAUCAGAAAUUGUUUUUAACAGGGCAAUUUCAAUUUUCAGAGGUAACUAAUGUUUCAAACAACCUGAUUAUAAGAUUUGAGCAGCAUUCGCAAAUAAAUGAUGAUCAAAUAUUUGUCAGACACACAAUAAAGCCCUGAUAUAACUACGGUCGUACUUACAUUUGCACACCAGCUCUCAUUUAUUAGAUGUCUUGUACCAUGAAAGUACAUAAAACUGUAAUGAAAUAGCUUAAACUGGAUGUCUUGAAGAAAAACAAUGUUUAUCUCUUUGGAGCACAACAAAUGCAUAAAUUCAAGGGGUGUAUGAUUUUUUUUUUUUAAUGGCACUAAAAUUCACCUCUUCGUGUUUUGCACUGAUAUGACUUGAGGGAAUUAAACUAGUUUAGUACAUUUUUUUUUGCAGUUAAAGUUGAUGUUUUACAUGUACCCUAACUUUCCUAGAAUCAGUUUUAUGCAAAAAAAAAACAAAAAAACAAAAAAACAAAAACUGUUGGAAUAAAAUGCGCCCUCUUGUCAGGGAAGCUUUUAAGUUUCAUGCCUCUGAACAACAAGAUAUAUCUGAAUGUUUCUCUGUGUUUAACAUUUUAAUUGAUUAAAAGAGGUUCCAGAU